AAGCGAUACGUUAACCUGUUUUUUAGUAACCACGCCAAUAACUGAUAAUUUAGCCCGCGCUUAUUACCUGAGAUCCCGCCAAAACCAUUAUACAGCAUUCAACCUCGUGUGACUGAAUAUAGAAAAAUUAAUUGUCUGUUAAAAAUUGUGUUAUUUUAAUUUCUUUAAUAAAUUGUGUAUUUAAAAAUGGUUGCAAAGGGCAAGAUGUUCGUUUUAAAACGAAAUGGUCUUAAAGAGGAGGUGCAUUUUGAUAAAAUAACUUCAAGAAUUCAAAAGCUUUGCUAUGGUUUAGACAUGGAUUAUGUGGAUCCACCUGCUAUUACUUUCCGUGUAAUUAAUGGCCUCUACUCUGGAGUAACAACUGUUGAAUUAGACAAUCUUGCAGCCGAGACUGCGGCAACAAUGACGACUAAACAUCCUGAUUAUGCAAUUUUAGCAGCCAGGAUUGCAGUUUCAAAUCUUCAUAAAGAAACUAAAAAGGCUUUCAGCGAGGUCAUAACUGACUUAUAUGAGAGAGUCGAUAAAAAUACCAAAGAAUCAAUGCCUAUGAUUAAUAAAGAAUGCUACGACAUUAUUCAGAAACAUGCAGAAAGAUUGAAUUCAGCUAUAAUCUACGAUCGUGAUUUUAGUUAUAAUUAUUUUGGAUUCAAAACACUGGAGCGAAGUUAUUUACUUAAAAUUAAUGGAAAAGUCGUUGAAAGGCCCCAGCAGAUGUUAAUGAGAGUUGCAGUAGCUAUUCACCGUGAAGAUGUCGACAGAGUGAUCGAGACCUACAAUUAUUUAUCUGAACGAUAUUUCACUCAUGCAUCACCGACACUUUUCUCUGCAUGCACUUUGAGAGAACAAAUGUCAAGUUGUUUCCUUUUGACUAUGUCUGAAGACAGUAUUGAAGGCAUAUACGACACAUUGAAAAGAUGUGCACUUAUAAGUAAAUCUGCCGGUGGAAUUGGCGUCAACGUUCAUUGUAUCAGAGCUAAGGGGACUCGCAUCGCAGGAACGCAAGGAGAAUCUAAUGGUCUUGUUCCUAUGAUUAGAGUUUACAAUAGUACCGCUCGAUACGUUGAUCAAGGGGGCAACAAAAGACCAGGAGCAUUUGCAAUUUAUAUUGAACCUUGGCAUGCUGACGUUUUAGAGUUUCUUGACCUAAAGAAAAAUACUGGAAAAGAGGAAUAUCGUGCAAGAGAAUUAUUUUAUGGGCUUUGGAUUCCGGAUUUAUUUAUGAAACGUGUUAUGGACGACGGAAUUUGGACUCUGAUGUGUCCUCGUGAAUCUCCAGGACUUGCAGAUGUUUGGGGAGAAGAAUUUGACGAUCUCUAUACAAAAUACGAAAUGGAAGGGAAAUUUAAACGGCAAAUUAAAGCGCGUGACCUUUGGACCGCAAUUUUGAUUUCGCAAGUUGAAACCGGAACACCUUACAUGCUCUACAAAGAUCACUGCAAUAGAAAAUCAAAUCAACAAAACAUUGGAACUAUAAAAUGCAGUAACCUCUGCACUGAAAUUAUUCAAUAUUCUAGUCCAGAUGAAGUAGCUGUUUGCAAUUUGGCAUCUAUUGCUGUUAACAUGUUUGUCAAUUCUAAUAGUAGAACUUUUGACUUUAUAAAGCUGAAAGAGAUAACCAAAAUUGUUACUAAAAACUUGGACAAAAUUAUAGACAAUAAUUAUUAUCCUGUACCCGAAGCUGAGAGAUCUAAUUUCAGACACAGGCCAAUCGGCAUUGGAAUACAAGGCUUAGCAGAUGCAUUUUUGUUGAUGCGUUUUCCAUUUGAGAGUGAAGAAGCUCAAAAGUUAAAUAUCCAAAUUUUUGAAACUCUUUAUUACGGAGCUCUGGAGGCUAGUUGCGAAAUCGCUGAAGAAAAAGGUCCCUAUUCUACAUAUGAAGGAAGUCCUAUUAGUAAAGGGAUUUUCCAAUAUGACAUGUGGAAUGUUACACCAAGUAAUCUUUGGGAUUGGCAAGUUUUAAAGGAAAAAGUCGCAAAACAUGGAGUGCGUAAUUCAUUAUUGAUUGCUCCAAUGCCUACAGCUUCAACGGCACAAAUUUUGGGCAACAAUGAAUCAAUUGAACCUUACACAAGCAAUAUAUAUACAAGACGCGUUCUUUCAGGAGAGUUUCAAAUUGUUAACCCUCAUCUUUUGAAAGAUUUAACUGAAAAAAAUCUCUGGGACGAAGAUAUGAAAAAUGAAAUUAUUGCUAACAAUGGAUCGGUUCAGGGUAUUGCCGGAAUUCCAGAGGAUUUAAAAGAAUUGUAUAAAACUGUAUGGGAAAUAAAACAAAAAACAAUUUUAAAAAUGGCUGCAGAUCGAGGUGCUUUUAUUGAUCAAUCACAGUCUUUGAAUGUCCAUAUGUUGAAACCAACGACCGAAACUUUAACUAGUAUGCAUUUCUACGGUUGGAAAAUGGGCUUGAAAACUGGAAUGUAUUAUCUACGCACGAAACCUGCAGCAAAUGCAUUACAAUUCACUGUUGACAAAACAAGAUUACAGAAAUCUAGUGCUAUUGAUAAUACAGUUACUAAUGUGGCUGCUAAGCAACCAGAAACAAAGGUUGAUGAUUAUGAGUCAGUUUUAGCUUGUUCACGUGAAAAUGGUGACGCUUGCAUGUCCUGUGGAGCAUAAUUUAAAAGAUAACUUUUAGUUUUCUACUCCACUUUUUUUGUGCAUUAAAUUAAUAAUUCUUGUAAAUAAACAUUCGAUAAACGUCCUAUUUAAUAAACUCAUUUUCAUAUAUUAA